AUGGCUGCAUUACCAUCCCUAAGACAGUUGUCAUAUUUAGUGACACUGUCUGAGACGCUGCACUUCACUGAAGCAGCGCGCCGUUCGUUUGUAACUCAAUCUACUUUAUCUGGUGGAAUCAUGGAGUUAGAACGUUUAUUGGGUGGCGUACUCGUAGAACGUGAUCGCCAAAACGUACGUUUAACUCCUCUAGGUGAGCAAGUUGUUGCCCGAGCCCGUGUUCUACUCGCCGAUGCUCAGGACUUGAUGCGGUUAAGUCGAGAAAUGAGUGAACCGUUAACUGGUGAUUUGCAUUUAGGGAUUAUUCCAACCAUCGCCCCUUUCAUUUUGUCGCAGCUUUUGGAAGAAGUGCAUAAACAACUUCCAAAAAUUCAGUUGCAUCUGCAUGAAGCACAAAGUGAAAAAAUUGUUGAAAAACUUGAGCAUGGCAAUCUAGAUGUGAUCAUGCUAGCUUUACCAUUCGACACACGUGGUUUGAAAGUUGCUGAAAUUGCGAAAGAAGAUUUAUUCUUAGUCUGCAAUAAAGCAGAUCAAAAUGCGAUGAAUGCAAGAAGCUUAGAUGAUUUAGAUCUUUCUCAUCUCAUGCUCCUUGAAGAAGGUCAUUGCUUACGUGAUCAUACCUUAAGUGUUUGCCCAAUCGGUGAGCGUAAAAAUGAUCACCGUUUAAAAGCGAGCUCAUUGCCAACUUUAGUGGAAAUGGUCAGUUCAAACUUAGGCUAUACACUGCUUCCUGAGAUUGCAAUUCAUGCACAUAUGCUGAAAAACAAUGAUCAGAUUGUGGUUAAACCUAUUGAGAAUGCACCAUCACGUACUCUGGCUUUAGUUACACGUAAAAGUACACCGCUACAAAGUGAAUUUGAUGUGUUGGUACAAAUUCUUCAAAAAAUCACGCCAAAUUUACACUAUAGAUCACAUCAGCAUAAGCAAAAUUACAACGAUCUUCAUGCAUCCAUCUCGUCGACACAUAUCCAAUUCUUCGCAUUGGUCAGCGUUCCACAGGGCUUGAAUCUUUCGAGCAUCGUUAACAGGACGCGUAUGAACCGACCUUUAUAUAUUAUUUUUUCAACGAUUGUCUUAGAUGCAAUUGGCAUUGGCAUCAUAUUCCCUCUGCUUCCCUCACUACUGAAAGACCUAAGCCAUCAGUAUAACGUUGCCUUGUUAAUGGGGGUUUUCCUAAGCCUGUAUGCGCUUAUGCAAUUUAUUUUCUCCCCGAUCUUAGGUGCUUUGAGUGACCGUAUCGGUCGAAGACCUGUUCUGCUGAUUUCACUUGCGGGUUCUGCAAUCAACUAUUUGUUUCUUGCUUGCUCACCCUCUCUUAUCUUGCUGUUCAUUGGACGGAUCAUUGCUGGAAUAAGUAGUGCCAAUAUGCCCGUGGCUUCAGCCUAUAUCGUUGAUACCACGUCAGAAGAAAAUCGAGCAAAAUACUUCGGUUUAAUGAACGCCAUGUUUGGUAUUGGAUUUAUUCUCGGUCCUGUACUCGGUGGAUUAUUGGGCGAAUAUUGGUUACGACUACCUUUUUUCGUUGCGGCAAUUUUAACAACCGUUAACUUGCUUAUCGCAUUCUGGCUACUCCCUGAAUCCCGAAGCAACAAUCCACUCCUAGUCCCCCCUCAAGCUUCUAUUUCGCAACGUUCGAGUUUAAAAAUAAAUCCCUUGAAAAGUUUUGGUUUUAUCCUUGCUCAAAAAGGUAUAUUACCGAUUUUGCUGAUAUUUUUUCUGUUUAGCGCCUGCGGUGAAGCUUAUGGUGUCUCCUGGGCACUUUGGGGACACGAUACCUUUAAAUGGAAUACAUUUUGGGUUGGUCUUUCUUUAGGCACUUUUGGUUUAUGCCAAGUACUGGUUCAGUCAUUUAUACCGCAACAUGCCGUCCGAUAUUUUGGUGAAAGAAAUACCGUGCUGAUCGGUCUGGCAUGUAUAUGUAUGGCAUUAAUCAUCAUGGCUUUUACCCAACACGCUUGGAUCAUUUUUGCAAUCAUGCCGAUCUUUGCCCUAGGAAGUAUCGGCACUCCUGCACUACAAGCUGUUGUUUCACAAAAAAUCCCAGCUGUGCAGCAAGGACAGUUUCAAGGUGUUAUCGCAUCAACCAUCAGUCUGGCCUCGAUUAUUGCCCCAUUGUUGUUUUCUACACUUUACUUUCAUUUCCAAACACGAUGGACUGGCGCUAUAUGGUUGGUUGUCGCGAUGAUUUAUUUAAUUGCAUUACCUGCAAUUUUAUCAAGUUUAAAACCACAACAGCUUAAGUCAUCCUAG